CAGGCGGCUCUGCUGGCAGUGCGCCCUUGAUUGAUGGUGCUUGGGCCGCAGGCCACGGGGCCGCUGCCAGGACAAGGGCAGCUGGGGGUCUGCCCAGGGCUGGUGCUGGUGCAAUGGGCUUGGCCUUGCCCAGGGCAUGGUGGGGAGCUCCUGUGGGUGGAAAUGAUAGUGUGAUGUGGGAGGGCAGCGGGGGGCAGCUUGGCUGCAUGGAGACUGACCGACACUCUCAUCUCUUCCAUGCAGGACUCCUCCCUUCUCCAACCACCCGCAAACUGCAGCUGCUCAGGAUGUCUCUGAAGACCCUCGCCCUCGCCCUGGCACUCCUCGCCGUCGCCGGCAGCCACGCGGAGCUGGACGCAGAGCUGGACGCGCAGCUGGACGCGCAGCAGGUGGCCAACGUGGUCUGGAGCUACUUCACAGACAUGAGGAACAGCGCGCAGGAGACAGCGGACCAGAUCCAGCAGUCCGAGCUCAGCAAGAAAAUCAACUCCCUCCUGCAGGACAACUUCCAGAACGUCCAGACCUACAUGGCCGACCUGCAGAAGCUGAUCCCCUUCACCGCCGAGCUGCAGGCCCGGCUGAGCCAGGACUCAGAGAAGCUGAAGGUGCAGAUCCGCCAGGAGCUGGAGGAGCUGCGGGCCAAGCUGUCGCCCUACGCUGACGACGUGCACCAGCAGAUCACCCGUAACAUCCAGGAGCUGCAGCAGAAGCUGGCGCCCUAUGCCGAGCAGCUGCGCAGCCAGGUGGACCAGAACGCAGAGGAGCUGCGCCAGAGCCUGGCCCCCUACACCCAGAAGCUGCAGGACAAUGCAGGCAACAUCCAAGCCGUCCUGGCCCCCUACGCCGACCAGCUGCAGGAGCAGAUCAACAGCAACGUGAAGGGCAUGAAGGACCAGCUGACUUCCCUGACUGAAAAUCUCAAGGUCAAAGUGGACCAGACCGUGGCUGAGGUGCAGAAGAGCUUGGCUCCCUACGCCCAGGAUGCACAGGACAAGCUGGCCCACCAGGUCGAGGGCCUCUCCUUCCAGAUGCAGAAGGCGGUGGAGGAGCUGCAGGCCCAGCUGGCCCAGGGCACCGAGGAGCUGCGGGGCCAGCUGAGCCCCUAUGCCGAGGAGCUGCGGGAGAAGCUGCAGGGCGACAGCAAGAGCCUGCACCAGAUGCUGGAGGGCCUGAGCGGGCGCAUGGACCGUGCCAUCGAGGACUUCCGCCAGCGCGUCGCGCCCCACGGGGAGGCCUUCAACCAGAAGCUGGUGCAGAAGCUGGAGGAGCUGCGGCAGAAGCUGGGGUCCGACACGAGCAGCAUAGAGGACCACCUCGCCUUCCUGGAGAGGGAUAUGCGCCAGCAGAUCUCCUCCUUCCUCAGCAGCCUUAAGCAGAUCGAGAGCUCACCCCAGGAUGAGCAAUGAGGGGCGUCCAUGCGGCCCCGCGGCAGCCCCAUGGGGAGAGGGAGCUGCCCGUCUGCCUGUCCCCACUGCACUUCAUUCCUGCCCAAACGCUGCACUCACUGCAGCUGCAGAAAUAAAACUGCACCACAGCAACGU